AGGGAAUGGACAGCGAAACGGAACGGACCAGAGAGAGAGGGAGAGGGAGUGGGAGCGGCAUCAGACAGUAAACAAAACGCACGUGCCGCCCACUGCGCGUCUACGCCCCUGCCGCCCUUGCUGACAUUGGCGCCCCUGCUGACCGUGUGAGGCUGAGACCUUCGCCUGCUGCCCUGCUGAGAUUCACAGCAGCCUGGGGAGGACAGCUGCAGAACUGACUGGGAAUCAGACCUGCGCCCUGCCCACAGCCCACAGCCCACACAGACACAGACUCACACACAGCAAGCAGUGGAGGCAAGGAAUUUCAUGUCUAGCCUGUGGCAGUAAUGACUAAGUGAGGUGUGGGAGUGGUGCACAGGUGCCUCAGACUCAGCCACCACCACAAGAAAAGAUAGUUCAUUGGUCCACAGUCCAGGACAGAUGCAGUACUGACCAGUCUUCCUAUGAUGUGGCAGCUCCCACUGUGGUGCUAGGAGUGCCUGGCAGUGCCUCGGUUUGUCUCGGCAGAAAUGUCAAGCGAAAAGAAUGGGAGGUUCCCGUGCAAAGACUGUGGGAAGGUGUACACACUGCCUGGGAACCUCAGGAGACAUGCAGAGGUGCACAGCUUGGGCCCAUUUGUGUGUGACAACUGUGGCAAGACCUUUGUGCAGAGACGCCUGCUUACCCUGCACACCAAGAGGCAGGCCUGCCUCCAUGCCUCCCGUGGACGCUUUGGGGUGACGAGCAUCCCCCGGGGCCUGAAGUGUGAAGAGUGUGGCCGCAACUUCUCCAAACCUGAGUCGCUGGCAGCACACACGGCCUUGCACCUCACAGGCGGCACCAUCGUGUGCGAGGUGUGCAACAAACUGUUCUCCAGCAAGACACAACUCAAGCGCCACCAUGUCACGCACACCGGCGCCAGGGACUUCCUGUGCAGGAGGUGCGGGCGGACGUACACGCAACGUGGGGACCUCAACAAGCACAUUGACGCAGCACACGGGGGCGUGGGGGACAGUGAGUGUGAAGAGGAGGAGGAGGAGGUACUGGUGGUGCCCCUUGCGCACUUCAGCGACAAGCGAAAGCGUUACCGUUCCCUGGGCAGCCUCAGGAAGCACCAGUGUGAGGAGUGUGGGAGUCGCUUCAGCCGCCGCGACGUCCUCAUCAAGCACUACUCCACACACACCUGCACCAAGCCCUUCCAGUGCGAGGAGUGUGGCAAGGUGUUUGCCCGGAAGGACAUCCUGGCCACACAUGCCCUCCGCCACACCAAGAGGCGGGUGUUCACCUGCGACGACUGUGGCACAGAUUUCUGGGACAAGAGCUCUCUCCGGCAGCACGUCAUGACCCACCUCCCCCCGGAGUUCAAGUGCGAGGUCUGUGGCAAGGAGUUCCGGGUCAAGGUGUCCCUGGAGAACCACCUGCGGGUCCACUGGGGCGUCAAGGAGUUUGCCUGUGUGCACUGUGGCAAGGAGUUCAUGCUCAAGCCUUCGCUCAGCCGCCACAUUCGCUCUGCUCACAAGAUGUAGUGGUGUGUGUGUGUGUGUGUGUGUGUGUGUGUGUCUUGCCUUGGCUAUCAUAAGGACACAAGAACAUAAAGGAAGCUACAAGAAGUCACUCACUCACUCACAUCUUGCUAAGGAUGUAAGAGAGGAAGACUUAACUGACUGAUAGGCUGGCUGGUUGGCUGACUGACUGACUGACUGACUGACUGACUGACUGACUGACUGACUGACUGACUGACUGACUGACUGACUGACUGACUGACUGACUGACUGACUGACUGACUGACUGGCUGGCUGGCUGGCUGGCUGGCUGGCUGGCUGGCUGGCUGGCUGGCUUGCUUCCUGGCUUUCUGGCUGACUUACUGACUGACUGACUGACUGACUGACAAAUGAACCAAACACCAGCACUGCAUGAGUCAGCACCACAACACAAACCACUGAACUAUAUCAAAAUAACAUGUGAUAAAUGACGAAUAACAUAGAUGUAUUAAGGCAGAGCAGAAGGUAGCAAUGGGUCUCUGCAUGAUAUCAAGACUGCAAAAGGGGGAGGCUUUAAGUGUCCAAAACUACUACUACUACUACUACAACUACUACUACUACUACUACUACUACUACUACUACUACUACUACUACUACUACUACUACUACUACUACUACUACUACUACUACUACUACUACUACUACUACUACCACACAAGACUAUAUGAGAUUCUUUGUAUUAUUAUGAAGGGGAUGGAUAGAAAUAGUGCCAUAUGUAUAUAUCAUUUGUUUUUCCACAUGUAUACUAUUCAGAGCUAUUUUUAUAUCAAGUAGGAGGGGUAUAGUAAAGUCUGUGAGAUUGUCUCGGUGUGUACGUGUAAGAGUGUGUGUCUGUUGUGUUUUGUCUGGGCUGCCUUGUGUGGGACUGCUGGCUUGGUGUGUUGGUAGAUAAAUAGGAGGGUCUUAAGUUUUAGUUAAUGUUGGCUUGACUGAAAAACUAGAGUUGCUUCAUGGGAAUUAAGAUGUGGAGGAGAUAAAGAGGAAUAUUUGCUUUUGUACUUUCUGGUUAGUGAAAGAAACAAAAAGAAGUGAGAUUGACAAGAAAAAAGGAAAGGAAUUGUGGGUCUUAAUUCAAAAGUCUGUGAUGUAAAUGUUGAGAAUGAGUAAAGGGGGAUAUUUGCUUUAGUAGUUUUUGAUAAAUGAAAGAAGUAAGAUAAGGAACGAAAAGGAAAGCCAUUAUAGGUCGUAAUUCAAGUCUGCUGUGGAAAUAUUGAGAAUGAGAAAAAGAGAGGAAAAAACAGCUAUAUUUCUCACUACAUUAGUCUGUGGUGUUGUAAAUUUUAAGGAAAAAAAAGAAAGAAAGAAAAGAAAACAAUUAUACUCCUCAAUACAAAAGUCUGUUAUGCUGUAAAUUUUGAGAAUGAAAAACGGAAAAGAAAGACAUUAUUCUUCCCAGUAUAUAAAUGUUUUGCUGUACAUUUUGAAAAGGAAAACAAAAAAAGAAAAACAUAAAGAAAAACCAUUAUGCUUCUUAAUACAUUAAUCUUUGAUGUUGUAAAUUUUAAGAGGAAAAAAGAAAAAGAAAGAAGGAAAAACCACUAUACUAUUGAAUACAAAACUCUGUGAUGCUGGAAAUUUCGAGAAGGGGGAAAAAAAAGGAAAAUCCAGUACGUUAUCAAUGGAAAAGUCUGUGAUGCUGGAAAUUUUGAGAAGGAAAAUGAGAAAUAGACAAAAAAAAAUGCAUCUCAUACAAAAUUCCGUGAUGCUGUGAAGGUAUUGUAAGGAAAACGAGAAGGAAAAUAAGAAAAAAUAUACUUUCAAUACAAAAAUCUAUGCUGUUAAUUUUGAGAAGAAGGACGAGAGAGAGAGAAAGAAAGCAAAGAACAGGAUGUACAUUUAACACUUAGAAUGUCACGGCUGUCUUAUACUUCUAGCACUGUAUUCUGCAGCACUACAACACUGCAAAGCCACUACUUUCAAAAGGCUUUGUGUAAUUGAAGUUACACAGGUUUUUAAGGGUGUUUUUACACUUAUAGUGAGAGAUUAACAAGAUUUGUACAUUAUUAAGAGGAGAAACACACUUGAGGACCCGGCUAAUCAUCUCUGUGGCCUUUGAAAACAAUCGUGGUGAGAGAGCAGAACGUUUCUGAAUAUGUGUCUUAUUCAGGCUGAGAUUACAUGAUUUUUAUUAAGCUCCACUGAUACAGGCUUGGAAUCAAUGGCAGGUGUGUUGUGUUGUAAAAUUUUUAGUCUUACAGCUUUAGUCUUGAAUGGGAGGUGUGUUUAGUGAAAUUUUUGAUGAGGUAUAGUCUUGAAAUGAGUGACAGGUGUGUUCUGUAGUAAAAUUCUCACAUGUUUGGUCUUGAACGACAGGUGUGUUGUGUCGUUAAAUUCUCACAGGUCUGGUCUUGAAGUGAAUGACAGAUGUAUUGUGUCGUUAAAUUCUCAGUCUCACUUAGUCUUGAAAUCUUUGCCCUGUAUGUUAUGUCCUUUAAAAUUCUCAGUCUUAAAAGCAUCAGAUUUUACAGUGUUGCCUUGAAAUGAAUAACCUAUAUAUUGUAUCCUGUAAAACUCAUGAAGUAGCCUUACGAUACCAAGCUGAAACCAGUGACCUGUGUUGUGUCUUAAAGUUCCCAGUCUUAGAUAAUUUAUAUUUUCAUACAAUUUUAAGUUAGAAUGGAGUCCAGUUUAAUAUUACAAGAAGCUGUUGGGAUUUUAGGAGUUAAAGGUGUUUUUCCUCUAAGUGUGAUAUGAAAGAUGGCAAGGGAAGGGAGGAAGGCAGAAUGAAGGGAAGAGAGGAUGAAAACUAGACAAAGAAAGGAUGCAAAAGGGAGGAGAAUGAAAGAAACGAGUAGUACAGGAGAAGUUAUGUUAUUAUAAAAUGUGAUGUGAAAGUUUGUAUGUGUAAAGGGAAUAUAUAUGAAAAAAAGAUAUAUAUUAGAGAAAGUGCCAAUAUAAUCUGUUUUUAUAAUAAUCAGACAUGUGUGUUUGUUUGUGUGUGUGAAUUCAGUAGUAAAAGUAAUAUAUAUGCAAAAAAGAUAGAUGUUACAAAAAAGUGCCAUUGAUAACCAGACUUGUACUAUUUCAUUAUCUGUGCUUUGUUUGAUGCACAGUGGAGGGGGGGGGGAGGAGGCGUCAGGAGGCCGGUAGUGAGUCUUGAUUGUGUCCUGUAGAAAUUGAUGUGAUGCAGGAAUGGAUUAGUGUCUGUGUUGGUGGGUUUGUAUUCUGAGCACCACAGAGACUACUAUUGCUACUGCUGCUGUUACUACUACUAUUACUACUACUACUACUACUACUACUACUACUACUACUACUACUACUACUACUACUACUACUACUACUACUACUACUACUACUACUACUACUGUACUUUUCUUUCCACCACCACCACCACCACCACCAAACCUAAGAAGAGCUGGGGACAUUAGUAAAAGUAUAGAUUCCUGUCACCAACACCUUAGCCGGGCAUCACUUCUGCAGUAGUACAUGCAAGGGUUCUCUACCAGGCGUUUUCAAGGCUUGUGAUCUUAUGGGACAACGGACCUUAUUCUGAAACACUUCUAUGCGGCACCUCCACUACUUUCAAAGGGCUCUGUGUACUGUACUUGAAGCUACACAGGUUUUCAAUGGUGUUUUUAUUGUUGUAGAGACAGAUUAACCAAGAUUUCAGCAUUAUGGGCAGGAGAAAGUCUUGAAAACCUGGCUGAUCAUCUCUGUGGCCUUUGAAAAUAAUGGUGGUGAGAGUAGAGCAUGUAUGUGUGUGUAUGUUUGUGUGAUAUUGUUUGGGGUAUAAAGUCUAGUGUAAGUUGGAUAUUAUGCAUUUUAAGAGCAAUAAAGUGUGUACCAAUUAAGUAUAA